AUGAAUCAUGUCAUCUUAUUUUUGAUUGUGUUGUUUCUUUUGUAUGUUACAGUUGGUCAUCAGGCUAAGGACUGCCCCAAGGCUCAAUCCGUUUGCUACAACUGCAACCAAGAAGGCCACAUGAGCAAGGACUGCACUGAGCCCCGUGCUGAGAGACUUUGCUACAAGUGCAACCAACCUGGCCAUUUGUCCCGUGAUUGCCCCGAAGCUGGUGAUGACAAUGCCAGUGGUCCUGCCUGCUACAGCUGUGGCAAGAGUGGUCACAUUUCUCGCAACUGCCCCGAAGGUGGUAACGGUGGUUUCGGUGGUGGUCGCUCCUUUGGUGGCAAGACUUGCUACAACUGCGGUGGCUCGGGCCACAUUAGCCGCGAGUGCCCCUCUGGUCAAUCUGGUCAAAAGUGCUACAACUGCGGUAGCUUUGGCCAUAUCUCUCGUGAGUGCGACCAACCCCAACAGGAGAAGCUUUGCUACAACUGCCAACAACCUGGUCACAUUUCCCGCGACUGCCCCCAAGUUUAA